CUCAGACCCUCGCCGUCGCCCGUGUCCCGCUUCCGGUCAGCCACAUCGAAAGUCCAGAAGAACUUCCAACAGGACGUCUCCACAUUAAUCCCCACCAGAUGUGGAGCUGCUGCUGCUGCUGCGGCUGCUUCUGUUGCAGAAGGGAGAGGUCAGGACAAUGCGGAGAUCUCCAGCAGGCAGCAGCAGAGAGAUCAUAGCCCAAGUUCAGGAGGCUUCUGCAAAGAGGGAGGCGGAUGGUGGUGAUGAAGCAAUGCCUCCAGGGAGACUGGUAGCAACGGGGCAGAUGUUAGCUGAAGUUCCCUCUUCCUUCGCUGUCAGGUCCCAGGAACCUCCAGAACCAAUCCAAGCCGGCAAUCAAAAGUAUGUCAAGAUGGGUCCUUCAGGCAGUAGAGAUUGCAAAAUGAUUCUUCCACGAACUUGUAAAAAGACAGAGAGGGAGGGAAAAGAGCAAAAUGACAGAGAAAAAGGCAAGCCCACUACUUUUUACACCCCUGGGGGUUUUCCCCCCCUGCAGCCACUGGACAAUGUUAGGAGAAACAAGGGCUGGGUUCCCUAAGUUAGUGCCCUCACUCUCGCUCUCCCCUUUCCCCUGUUUUUACAAAUCCUGGGAUUAUCCAGCUCAGGAAAUGCUGGAAGGAAGUUAGCUGAGGAGGGGGCGGAGGAUGGACUUUUUUGGCAGUGAAGAGAGAGAGAGAGAAGUGUAGGAGUGGGGGGAGAGGCAGAGAGUGAAGGGGGCUGUUCAGAGCAGGCAGAGGCGGGGACGUCCUGCCAACUAAAAGGUAACGGGACAGCCUGAAAGGAAAUAAUUCCACUCAGUCAGGCUGCAGCAGCUCGGAGCGCUGACGUUUCCUGUUCCACAAAUGGUCAGCUCUGAAAUAGGCCUAGGGAGGGGCUAGAGGACCGGAGGGGGGGGGGACACAGAGCAUAACUGGUUUCAAUAAAUGCCCAGCUCUACUUAUUGGGUUGUUGUUGUUGUUGUUUUGCCACAGCACCACUCUCAACCCAAAUGCAUCUUACCUCAUACUUGGGACAGAGUGCUUUUCUCUCUACUGUGUUGUGUGCAAAAGGGGAUCGGGCAAGCAAAAAGAGUUGUGGCACAAGUAAAGAGAAAGGUAAAUGUAGCAAAAAGAUUCUCUCUGUCCAGCGCCUCCCCCGGCCGCCGCCCCCCGCAACACUCCUUCAGAUCCGAAACCAGCCAUCAAUUACCUCACAGCCUGUCCAUCCACAGUAUGGAUGCAGUGUAAAAAAAAUAUCAGUUAGCAAGAAGGAAUCUGCUACCCUCUAAAAAGUAUGGAUAUUACUGCACAGCUUUCACCCUCACUUUUCUAAAGUAUGUUUGGCACCCAAACAAUAAUAUUAUAUUGUUGCACGCCAGCACAACCUCUGAGCAAGAUUCCAGGGGUUCCUGGUGCUUAACCAGGGUUUGUGUUUCCUCUGGGAAUGAGGCAAGGCAGAAACUGUGAUGUCUUUAUGAUAUAUGGUUUAUUUGCACAUGAGCCUACGGUGGAGGGGUUCACAGCAUCAACACCCCCAAAUGGUCUUAUUUAUUCCAUAGCUGCAGCCUUGGAUUCAAACAGAAACCAAACAUUGCUCUGACUCUCUCUCCAGCUUGCUGCUUUUCAGCCAGCUCACAUCACUACUUACUCUCUGCUUUCAACUCUGGCUUUUUCUGUUGAGGGAGGAGGCCCCACCUACAGUGGUACCUUGGUUCUCAAACUUAAUCUGUUCCAGAAGUCUGUUCCAAAACCAAAACGUUCCAAAACCAAGACACACUUUCCCAUAGAAAGUAAUGCAAAACGGAUUAAUUUGUUCCAGACUUUUAAAAAUAACCCCUAAAACAGCAAUUUAACAUGAAUUUGGCUAUCUAAUGAGACCAUUGGUCCAUAAAAUGAAAGCAAUAAUCAAUGUUCUGUGGUAUAAAAUAAAUAAAACAGUAUUGUAGAUGAUAAAAAAAAAAAAAAAUCUUACCUGCACUGAUGAUAGCCAUUGUUUAGAUGGGGGGCUUUUAUCCAUUUCCGCAGUCACACAAUCAAUCAGUCAGUAGCUGAACUGGGUUCCACACAGUCACAAAAACAAAUUAACCGAAAAAGCCUCAAAAACAAAAACGCAAAAUAAGUAGCAAAAACAAAGUGCCAAACUUAAUCCAUUCCGGAAGUUCGUUUGACUUCUGAAAUGUUCAAAAACCAAGGCGCAGCUUCUGAUUGGUGCAGGCGCCCUGGAAACAAUAGCUGACAGUGCAUCAGACGUCUGGCUUCUGAAAAACAUUCGAAAACCGGAACGCUUACUUCCAGGUUUUCGGUGUUUAAGAACCAAGGCGUUUAAGUACCAAGGCAUUUGAGAACCAAGGUACCACUGUCUUUGCCAUCUCAAGCUGAGCCCCUUAAUCGCCCAUCACCUCACAGGGAAGCUAGCUUGACUAUAUCUAGGAAUUAGAAGGCUUCAUUAUCUUUUAACACUUGCUGGAUCCAGGGAUCGGAGACAUCUGUCAUACAGUUUAACACUCACACCCCAAACUCAUAACAAUGCAUUUCUGUAUAUAUAUUUUUAACUGAAGAAUGCAGAAAAGCAUUUCAAUAGGUGGGGGCAAGCAUCAGAGCCUUCAUUUCAUAGCUGCGGGCAUGGAGGCAAAGAGUCCUAUCUUACAAGCUGCAUUGGUUUACUACUAGUCUAAUUAUUUUUCUAUCCCAUCUUUGUUUAUAGAUUAAAACCAAGGCUGCUUACAGUGUUCAAGCUACCAAGAUACCAAAUGCUUGAAAUGUUAUCAUUAAAACAUCCAAACCUUUUUUUAAAAAAUAAAAAAGUAUAGAAGAUACAUGAACCAUCUACCUAUUCAUCUUUGCAAUCUCCGUGCUCACAGACAGGUAUAACUCUACAGACACAUUUUCUUUUCCUAUUAAUCAUUCCUCAGAAGUCAGAGAUAGGAUGGCAGUAAGGCACUCUGCAAACUAAACAUUUGGCAACAUAGAAUUUUGGGGUUUCCGCCAUUGCUACUAUCUUCCCUGGGAUUUUUUUAAAAAUAUUUUUUAUUUUUUGCGCAAAACAUGUCAGAGUCUGGGUAUUUUGAGCUUCUUAAGUCAACCAUGUUGGGCAAUCACAUGAGUCCUCGCCGACCUUAUGACAUACAAUGUCAUCACUGAUGGUUGUUUCACCAAAGAUGGUGAAACAGCAUUCUAAUGGAAAGUCUCUAGUGUACUGUAACUGAUGAGGAACAAACUUCAAAAGGGCCAGACGUCGGAUUCAGACAAAAGAGCCCUAAGAAGCAGAUAUUGCUCUGAGCUUUUUCUUUUUUAAAAAAAGAAAUAAAUGAUAGCAGCUAGACAGAGACUUGCUUUUGUAAGACAGCAAAUAAAUCUUACUUCCCACCAUGGAGAGAGAGAGAGAGAGAGAGAGAGAGAGAGAGAAUUGCUGCUUCUUGGUAAACUAAGAAACCACCAACCAUACCCAUGCAAUGUUUUGCUGCAGGGCAUCAUUUGUAUAUACUAAUCGUGUUCCCAAUUGUCCAAAUGCUCGUCCUUACUUAGUUAAAACAGCAUCACCAAAGGACAAGAUGGAAGGGGAAAUCUAAAGAGGGAUACACAGACACUGGAAGUAGCCCAAUGGAGACUUUGUACAUGCUCAGCAGCCACACGUAAAGCUGAUUACUUGUGUGGAUGGCCUUGGAAUGGAGUAUUUGUGAAAAGGGCAGAGAAGGAUGGAUGGCAUUCUGCAGUAUUUGGGAAUGUAACAUUUCACCCCAUUUGUUUGUACCUAUAUUGGGGUUCUUGCUUUGCUACCAUGUUAAAAAAGACUGAUAGCCAUCAUAAAAUUACAGGAGACAGGAAUUAGGUUUCAAACCGGGGGGAAGUGAUGCAGAAAAGAGUAGUUCUUUGAAAGCGUUAAGUUUUCCAAAGUAAAGUGCGACAGUUAAUAAGGCUCUAUGGAAACGGAUUCCUCAUGCCUCCAAAUUGCUAAUUUGAUAUGGGUGUGUGCAUGUAAAAUCACUAAGGGCUUGCGGGGUUGGUGGGGGCCUGAAAAGGAAUGUGCACCCACAGCGGUAAACACAAUAAAGAACAAACAAACUCUUGUUGAAUCGCAUCACCAUAACAUUGGAAUAGAAAGCUAUUCCACAAGGCUGGAGCCAUCUUAAGCGUUUGGAAAUGGCAUAUAUAUAAAAAGCUGCUUUGCAGCCCAACCAGUGCUUUUACAAACUGGGUAGUAUCUGGUGCAAUCCUAUACUAUGACUGAGAGGCCAUAGAAUCCAACAGAGGGCGAGAAAUGUUAGGAACUGAGGUAUAAAAACUAGGAGCUAAAUGGCACCUUAAGCCUAAGUUAUGGGCGCAGCAACACAAUGUCUAGGUGUGCUUUUUUAUAACAAGAAUACAAAGCUGAAAAUGAAUGAACUGCAGCUAAAAUGUGUGGUUUAGUGGUUAAGAGCGGUAGACUCGUAAUCUGGUGAACCGGGUUCGCGUCUCCGCUCCUCCACAUGCAGCUGCUGGGUGACCUUGGGCCAGUCACACUUCUUUGAAGUCUUUCAGUCCCACUCGGUCCCACUCACCUCACAGAGUGUUUGUUGUGGGGGAGGAAGGGAAAGGAGAAUGUGAGCCGCUUUGAGACUCCUUUGGGUAGUGAUAAAGCGGGAUAUCAAAUCCAAACUCCUCCUCCUACUCCUCCUCCUCCUCCUCCUCCUCCUCUUCUUCUUCUUCUUCUUCUUCUUCUUCUCAUUUUUCACAUGGUCUAGUCCUUCCCCUGCCCACCCCCCUAAUAUUCUUAAGAGGGUCUUUUCUGCAGUAGCUGGAAGUGGGGAAGCAGAAAAAUGUCCUCCUUUCCUUCCACUCUGCAGUUUUAAUCUGAAAUCUUAGGUGCAGUGCUGCACCCAGAACUCAGAGACUGCUUGCACUAAUGAAAUUCCCUGUCACAAAAUGCGCCUAGAACAAUGGGAGUUUCGAACACCGAGUGCAAGAUACGCUGGAGAAGAUGGAGACCAUUUUCUGGUUGUGUGUUUUUCUCCUCCCUUCCUGAGGUGAACAGAGCACACACACAAUGCAGUAGCUAUUCUACAGGCAAAGUGGUGAUGUUUUGCCACCUCUACCCCCAGUGUAUAGAACUGGAGUAGAAGAUUGCUCUGUAAAACUACACUCAUAAAACACCCUAGGGAGCCAUCCCUCUCAAAUACAGUGGAACUUACUGUCGUGAUGCUACUUGCAAGGUUUUGCAAUUGUUGGCAAUCAGCUGAUCAUCGGCACUUUGUGCCUUUGUCCACAACAGUUUCAUUUCAUGCCACAUAGACAAAGGAAAACAGAUCACCUGAUAUCAUAGUGACAUCAGGGGCUUGGCCCCACCCACCUGCCAAACCAGAUCAUCAAGAGCUCCGAAAGCUGGUUUGUCAAUCUAUCAGCAUAGUGGUCAAAUACCUGAUCUGAAAGGUCAAAGGGUUUGAUCCAAAUCAAGUUAGUCCCACUUCGUACCACUGAAAUCAGUGUAAAAUUACUCACAACUAAUUUAUGUCACACUAAAAACAAUGACCUAAAGUACAAUUAACUUGGCAAAUGAUGUCUGCCUCUGAAUAAAGCGAAUAAUCACCAGUAUUGCCUCUGUUUUCAAACCAGCCUAAGGUCCAAUUUGUGGAUAAGAAAGAGUUUUGUUUUGCUUUCAGAUGGCACAAAAAACCCUCAAGCCAGUUAAAUAAGCAUAUCUCAGAUGCCCUUCACAUUCAUAAACAGCUGAGAGAAUGCCUAUUUUUAUCAAAAGGCUAAAUUAAUUCAUGAAUAUCAAAUACUAAGGGUCUUUCUGUAUGGACCAUGAAACUAUCCAUGAACCAGAAUUUAUUAUUGUUAUUGUUAUUGUUAUUAUGUAUUUAUUUAUGCCCCGCCUUUUCUCCUGACAGAGAGUCAAGGAAGCUUACAGAUAAAAAUAAGAACAGCUAAAAACAUAGGGAUAAACAAUUAAACAUUGACAGAAUUAAAAGUGUAUGUACAUUAAAAAUAUAUUAACAACAUACGAAUAAUUACAAUAAAGAGAACACAGUACCAGUCACGGUGUAUAAAUAGUAAAAAUAUCAUUAUGGAAUGGGACGCCCCUAUUUUCAUUGGAGAAAUGUUGCAUACUGUGAAUGGAUUGAAAUGCUUGUUCCUGCAAGGAGAAGUGAGCCUGCUUACAUGCAUCACUUAAAAACAACUUCAACUGCCUCCACUUCCAUGCUUUUAAGACACAGUAACGUUUUUUCAUGAGGAUUAUUAAAACUGCAGUGGGCCACUGAGGAAGACUAAGGCAGCCGAAACAUUAGACAUGAGAGUGUGUUAUGAAGGAAGUUACUCAUAUUGAUUUGCCUUAGAGAGCUGUCCAUGGCUGUGUUUGCUUUCCAUGCAGCAAUUUGUGUAUAUUUAUUGCAGUGCGGCUUAUAGGUAGCUCGUUUGCUUUUUAAUUUUUGUUGUUAAAAGAACUUCUUUUUAAUGGAUUCUUAGGUGCUUGUACAAUGAAGAGUUUUGCAUUUGCUUAAUAUUGUUUAUCCCUGUUUGUUCCCUGUAGUUUGAGGCCCUGAUGAUACACACAGGCCGGGUUC